UUUUAAUAGGGUAAUGAGUACAUCCAAAGCGUGGCUCGUUGCCUCCAAAUGAUGCUUCGAAUUGACGACUACCGAAAGGCCUUUGUGCAUUUGGACGGGAUCUCAACCGUGGUCUCUGUUUUGUCUGGACGGGUCAAUUUCCAGAUCCAAUACCAACUCUCUUUCUGCCUUUGGGUAUUGACGUUCAACGCUGACAUUGCCGAGAAGCUUCACAAGUUUGGCGUGAUCCCCAUUUUGGCGGAUAUCUUGACGGAUGCACAAAAGGAGAAAGUGAGCAGGAUAAUCUUGGCCGUAUUCAGGAAUCUGAUCGAGAAGCCCGAUGAUGCCCAAAUCGUGAAGGAGAACUGCAUUUCCAUGGUUCAGUGCAAGGUUAUGAAGCAACUGGAGUUCAUUGAGCAGAGAAAGUUCGACGACGAGGAUAUUCUGGCCGAUAUCGAAUUCCUCAAGGAGAAGAUGGAAGCAUCUCUCCAUGAUCUCAGUUCGUAUGAUGAGUAUGUAACUGAGGUGCAUUCCGGUCGAUUAGAAUGGUCACCCGUGCAUCGGUCCGAGAAAUUUUGGCGUGAGAACGCUCACCGAUUGAACGACAAGAACUACGAAUUGCUGAAGAUGCUUAUCCAUCUCCUGGAGACCACCAAAGACCCGCUGGUCCUGAGUGUAGCCUCGUUCGACCUCGGCGAAUAUGUGCGCCAUUACUCUCGUGGGAAGCAUGUUUUGGAACUAUUGGGCGGUAAGACGAUCGUGAUGAGUUUAUUGGCUCACGAGGACCCGAAUGUUCGUUAUGAAGCACUCUUGGCCGUUCAAAAGCUAAUGGUGCACAACUGGGAGUACUUGGGACGCCAAUUGGAAAAGGAGCAAGUCAAGAAAGGCACUCCACUUCCCAUUAAGGCCAGUUAAGUCGAAAAUGUUUCUUGGCGUUUCAAUGCGAUCGGCGGUAAG